UUCACAAGUCUGUUUAUGUUAUUGAAUCGUUUCCCGAGUGAGGAGAGGGGGAAACUUGUUGACCAUCGCAACAACGAAUCGCACCAGUGUGCUCGUGCGACUCUGCCACGUGAUCCGCGUCGACGAGACAUAAACUCGCCAUUUUCUGCUUGGAUUUAUUAAAGUUAGAAAUUAUACGAUCAAAAAGAAUUCAAGAAAGUGCCUUACGUUAUGACGCCACCAAUGGAAAGAAUACAGAUCUUGGAAACUAUUGAGAAGGAUAUUAUCGUGUGUCUGCAAAGCGCAGGGCAAGCAUUUGUGGAGCUUAGCAAAGAAAAAUCUAGUUUGAAGCAAGCGGAGGCACAAACGCAACAGUUUUUGAAAACGUUGGGUCACGUCGAGUCGAAGUUGAGCGAGCAAAUCAAUUAUUUAACACAAGUUUCGACAGGACAACCGCACGAAGGUUCUGGAUAUGCGAGUCAGAAGGUUUUGCAAAUGGCGUGGCAUAGGUUAGAACACGCGCGAAGCCGCGUGAACGAACUGGAACGUAUAAAAAACAAACCGAGAUGAAAACUCGGAAUGAUGUCUCUUGUCGACAUAAAUCAUCUUUUGUUAGUUCUAAUUUUAUGCUUAAUACUUAAGUUUUAAUAACUAAAAAAAGAUAUAAACUUUUUAAAAAUGUUUAUUUACAUAUGAAUCCAUGCCUACUGUAGGAAAUUUGCGAUCUAAGGAACAUUCCGGUUGCAAACGCGUAAAUCAAGAUGGCAGUAAAGAGCGCAAUUCUGAGACCAAGGUUUGCCUGUGGCUACAAAAGAUACGAAAGAUAUUCCAUUCGGUUUGGAGAGAGUGUCAGGGCAUCGAUCCAUCCACAACACCCAUGCUUCGCUUCACCGUGGCGGCCAAAGAAAGCCGGGACUUCCUUUCUUCGUCCAAUUGUUUCGUCAAUAGAGACAUUUGCGAUUGCAAAUCGGUCAUUUGACUUUUCAGUGUUUUCACUGUUUCCGAUAAUGUCCUGAAAACGAAGUAAACGUGCACGACUGAUAGCUAUAGAGCAAGCAGUUACAAGUUCAUGAUUUGACCGAAGACGUUUUACCUGUUGCUACAAAAAUCCCAGUCUCCCUUGUUGUGCGUCAGAGAUGUUCUGUCACGUGUCUUCUGCGAUCCGUAGUCCAACACCGCUGGAACGCAGACACAAUAAGUGAUACGUCAUUAUUGCUCAUUCAAGAUCAAGUUGUUUUAAAAAACAAUCAAAGUGUUCGGUGACUUACAAGUUGAUUCCCCAGAGUGCACAGUGAAUCUAGCGUUUACAGUAAGGCAAUAUGCCUCGAUAACCUUCAGUAUAAUCGCGUCCUCUUCAAAUUGUCGUUCAUCUAAAACCAUAAGGCAUGUUACUAUUUCUGUCAGCGAAUAACAGUAUUCCCUCCUUACAGCUGAUGCCGUUAUGAGAAAUAUUUGAAUUUCUUGUGCAGAUUUAAUUGUUCAAAAAAAGUUCCUAUACAAGGAGGGAAUACUGUAGGCUGUUUCGGAGAUUUGAAAUCUUGGAUUCGUACUGCACGGUCGUGGUGCACGUGAUAAAUCCAAACUCGGAUCGGUUUUACCAAAUGCCCUGAAAGCGUAGAGUGGAGGAGCUGGACGUAACGAAGCGAUGCACCAAGCCGUUCUAAUCCCUAAAGGUGGACACUGUUCCGCAAUCGAUCGUUGUUGUUGCGGUUGUGGUUGCGGUUGUUGUUUCCCAUUCUGCUGACUCACCUAUUGCAUCAUAGGCAACAAGUGUUACACAAAUGAAACAUGGUACAUGACUAAAAUGAUAUUACAAACUCGUAAGCCUCGUUGCGUCAAUAUUCUCCACAACUAUACACAAAAUCGCAAAUCGAUCGACUGACUCGACUACACAAGAUGAGUCGCUGUUUUGGAAUGGUACAACGAUUAUAUUAGAAAAGCGAAAGCUUGCUUCACACAACAUGGCUGUGGUGAAACAGAAGCAUACGCUCAUUACAUAAGAGUACAGUAUCUAGAAUUAGUAUAAGUCAAAAAACGGGUGAAGAUGUUAACUGAACGAAUAAAAAAAAAAGAAGAAGAGAAAA